AUCUGAAUUCACCCGCGGUUUGAUGUACUUUCAUUUUAAUUACCCACACUUAUCAAAUGGUAUGUUUCAACUGCCUCUAGUUCUCUUUAGUGUUUGCCAAUGUUGGAGGUGUAACUGGGGUCUGGCCCUAAACAAAGGAAUAGAGCAUGGCUCACGUACAAGCACAGACCUCAGCAGCCCAGGCUGGUCCUGGCCUCUCCUCUGGAGGUCCUCUGGCAGCCAUGACCAGCCCAGGAUCUCUGGGUCUGCAGCCCUCUGUCAACGGCACAGGCCCGUCCCCCACACCCGCCUGCCCCGCUCCUGCAGCUGGAUUUGGGGACGUUCCUGUGUCUGCCACACCGCCAGGUUCGCCCGAGGAGAACAUGGCAAACCCUAAAGAGAAAACUCCAAUGUGUUUGGUGAAUGAGUUAGCCCGUUUCAAUCGGAUCCAGCCGCAGUACAAGCUCCUCAAUGAGAGAGGCCCUGCACACGCUAAGAUCUUCACAGUGCAGUUGACUCUUGGGGAGCAGGUCUGGGAGGCGGAGGGCUCCAGCAUUAAAAAGGCCCAACAUUCCACAGCCUCCAAAGCUUUGGAUGAAAGUGUCCUUCCCAAGCCAAUGCCUCGCUCACCUAAAGUGGACAUCAACAGCAAUCCAGGCAGUAUAACACCAACAGUGGAGCUGAAUGGUUUGGCUAUGAAGAGAGGCGAGCCAGCUAUCUACAGGCCUCUAGAUCUCAAACCCAUGCCCAUGCCCAACUACAGAACUGAUCUCAAGCCCGUGCCCAACUACAGACCUGAUCUCAAGCCCAUGCCCAACUACAGAGCUUGCUACAACUUCAGAGGCAUGUUUAACCAAAGGUACCAUUACCCGAUUCCCAAGAUCUUCUACGUCCAGCUCUCCGUGGGGAGUCACGAGUUCAUCGGGGAGGGGCGCACUCGCCAAGCGGCCAGACACAGCGCUGCCAUGAAGGCCCUCCAAGCCCUCCGCAAUGAGCCCAUCCCCGAAAGACCACCACAGGAUCUAGAAGAAAAGGUGGAGAGUGAAGAGGGCGUUGAUGCCAGCAAGUCAGAAAUCAGCCUGGUCUAUGAAAUUGCCCUGAAGAGGAACUUGACUGUCAACUUUGAGGUGUUGAAGGAGAGUGGACCCCCGCACAUGAAAAGCUUCCUGACCCGCGUCACCGUUGGGGAAUUCUCAGCCGAGGGCGAAGGCAACAGCAAAAAGCUGUCCAAGAAGCGGGCUGCGCUGUCCGUUCUGCAGGACCUGAAGAAGCUGCCCUUCAUCCCCGUUGUGGAAAAACCCAAAACACAUUACAAGAAACGCACUAAGACCAUCCUCAAGACGGGACCGGACUAUGGCCAGGGCAUGAACCCCAUCAGCCGCCUGGCCCAGAUCCAGCAGGCCAAGAAGGAGAAAGAGCCUGAGUAUUUGCUGCUAUCGGAGAGGGGGAUGCCCCGACGCAGGGAAUUCAUCAUGCAGGUGAAGGUAAACAACGAGGUUUCCACGGGAACUGGGCCGAACAAAAAGGUGGCCAAACGGAACGCUGCUGAGGCGAUGCUGCUGCAGCUGGGAUACAAAGCUUCUACGCUCCCUCCAAAUCCAACAGAGUUUGACGACAAAGGCUGGAAUGGACAAAAGGCGCCUUUUACCGAAGCGACGAGUAACACCCAGAAAGGUCUCCUCCACCUCAGUCCUGAUGUCUACCAGGAGAUGGAAGCCAGCAGAAAGCAGGGAGGCAGUUCCCCAGGUUCCAACGGCAGCGGCGGCUCCAUGAACUACAUGCCCUCCAAAGACAUGACCCCCUGCGGCAGCCCGCUACCUCCGGGACACACGCCCUACUUCUGCAGUCCAUCCCCCGUUCCCAGCCCGACAGCCACCAUGGCACGGGAGCUGCUGCUAAACGGCCAGUCGCCCAUGGCAGACGCCGCCACCAUGUUGCCAGGAAAGGCCACAAGUCCCCCUUUGGCCUGCGGUGUGUCGGUGCAACCUGCACAGCAGCUGGAGUACCUGGCUCGGAUCCAGGGCUUCCAGGUGCAGUACAGCGAUGCGCAGAGUGGCAAGGACUUUGUGACCUAUCUGACCCUCUCUCCUGUGCAAAUGACUUUUCACGGCACCGGGAGCACCCUCCAAGCGAGCCAUGAUCAGGCUGCUCUAAGUGCCUUGAAACAGCUGUCGGAGCAGGGACUGGACCCGGUGGACAAGAGCACCGAAACCUGCGGGAGGGACGACGGACAUUAAACAGACUAACUCAGGCACCACCACUCAGGUCUGCACGGAUUCAAAGGCUGUCGUCCAGGAGCUGAACCCCCCCCCCCCCCCUCUCUUUUUUUUCUCUCUUGGGAACACAGCCCCCCCCCCCCCCCUGCCCAACCGCCCCCCGCCUGAGCCCGCAAUGUAACUAAUCCGCCCCUCCCACACACACACACACACACACAAGCUUUUCCUUUUCCCCCACGAUGGCCACUGUAUCCUGCAUAACCUGUCAACAUGCAAUAGGGUGGAUGUGCACCAUGAAGCAAGCGACUAAACGCCCCCCAUUACCCGAGUCUAUGUGAAGACAACACUAUCUCCACACAUUAGUGACCCGUUACGUCUCGGUUUCGCAAAAUAAUGAGAAUCAAGCGAUAUGCAUGGUCCUGUAUUAAUUGAAGGGAUGUCCAACGUUCCCACCAGAUUCAUAUUUGUCGGUAUGGUUAACACAAAUAUGUACAUCAUGGCAUUAAACUACACAAAGAAACAUUUUAGACGAGCGAAAAAAGCUUGUAGCUUCUGUGUUUCUGGGCUUUCUGUUUCUUUUAUUCUGUUCUUACUCUAACAAUGCUUGAGUACUGUAUUUAAAAUUAACCAAUGCCAGUGCUGUGAAAGUUCUAGUCGUUGUCUUCAUAUAUAGUCACCUAGCUUACCUUGUAUGCUGACGUAAAAAAAUGAGUUCAUCUAUCUAUAUGAACGUGUAUGAAUUGCAAGAGUAUCAUAUUCUGAAAAUUAACACAAUAAACGUUUUUUUUUCAUGCGGACAAAAGUGGCGAGACGCGAAGGUCGGACCGGCCUCGUCAGUCUGAACUUGUCCCCGCCCCUGGUGCGGCAUCACGGCAGCGUCACAUGCCUGACAAUAAUAAACAGGCCAUGAUGUGUGCCCAGUAUAAUUGUUAAGUCGCUAGAAGUAGCUGCAGUGAUUCUGUGCCAGUGGAGCAUCCCCGCCCGCUUGCCCGCCCGCCACCGUUUCGUCGAUCACAUCUACGCCCCAUUGUGUGUGUCUUGUUGACCCAUCGCAACAUUGACUGGGUGCUUUUUAUUGCCGGUGUCGGUAUGAGAUUGUUGAGAACGACGUGACUUCAGUGUUUGUUUUUGUUGUUGGAAUGCAGUAAAAACACCUCAGUUCAUGUGGAGAAA